CUGACGUCACCAAGGUCCUUCUAACACAUGGGAACCUUCUGCUGUUGUCGUCUGUGUGGCGGACGUACCUGAGGCAUGUACAGAGUGUACGUUCCAUAUCUGCGCAUACAAGCCAUCCCGUGCACGGGGUGUCAUGGCGCCGCCUUCUGACUGACCGGAAGUGGGUCCAGACUGACAGCCGUGCACUGCGAGGACGUAGACAGCCACCGUUCGAGCGACGUGGCUCCCUGCUGGACCAGAAGUGAUGUGGCCUCAGACACCUCACUGCUGAGUCUUGCAACCAAGAAGCGCCCCCUCACUGGUCCGUUGGGGACAGGAGCCACAUCACUAGAAUGGAGGGCAUGUGGAAAGGCCGGUCAACCAGCCACUCUGGUCUGUGUUAACAGGCUGGUGCCGUAGUUGGAUACUGCUCUCACUGGCCUCAGCGGUGUACGGCGCAAGUCAAGUGAUUGGCUGCAGCAGUCACCAUAUAGGGCCAUGUCACCGCUGAAGCCUGUAAACACUGACCAGAAGGAGGACCAGAGUGGCAGUGUUGGAAACUGUGAGUACAGCAUAUGGAUGUGACAAGAUCUUACAAGGCAAAGUAGAAUGGAUAAAAAAUUUCAUAGUAGAAAGAAUGGCAACUGGACUUGUCUUCUGCUGCUGAUAAUCUUGCUCCUUUUCACCGUAGUGUUCAUAAAUGUGCUGCUCUAUGUGUACCUGGAACAUGUCUAUGCAUCAACCAGUUACCCGUACGCAGAUCCCAGUACUUGUCCUCAAGGUUACUUUAAGAUUGGUAACAUGAAGAAUUGCUCUGCAUGGUUGACCUGUGAGGGCAUCAAUAAGGAGGUCCACAGACUGAAGCUUGUGGGAGAAGGGGCUGUGAAAAAGGUGUAUUUGUCAGAGUGGAAAGAAAUGAAAGUGGCUCUGUCUCAAAUCACAACACCAGAUCUACAAGAUGACUUUUUUCAUGGACUACGGAUGCUGCAGUCCCUACAGAGCAGGCAUGUGGUUACUCUUGUGGGCUAUUGUGAAGAACAUUACAGUAUUGUUACAGAGUAUCACCCCUUGGGAUCUUUAAAAAACCUGGACAUCACAUUUAACCUUCCUAAAUACAAAAGUUUUAACACUUGGCAAAAUCGUCUAGGGCUGGCCAUAGACUACGUCAGUAUUAUCCGCUACCUGCACAAUAGUCCCCUUGGAGUACUGGUUAUGUGUGACUCCAAUGAUUUGGACAAAGUACUCUCUCAGUACUUGCUAACAAGUGACUUCCGCUUGGUGGCCAAUGAUUUGGAUGCCCUACCUCUGGUUGACAAAGAGAGAGACAUUUUAGUCAAAUGUGGUCCACGAGAAAUUACUGGUGACUUUGUGGCUCCAGAACAACUGUGGCCUUAUGGGCCUGAUAAGGAGUUUAGAAGUGAUCUUAUGCCUCCAUAUGAUGAGAAGACUGAUAUUUGGAAGAUCCCAUCAGUAACGGACUAUCUACUGGGUCUUGUGGAAGGCAGUGACAUUGUUCGUCUUCACUUGUUUGACAUCCAUAAGGAGUGUAAGCAGAAGAACCCAGCAGAGAGGCCAUCAGCACAGACUGUCUUAGACACCUAUAAGAGAAUUAUGACUUUGCUGGUGAAGGAGCUAUCUGUGUCCGAGGCUAGACAAAUGUUGUGAAGUAUGCACAUAGUAAAUAUGACUGUUCUAAGCCAGUGUUGUUUUAAUGUGUUUUUGUUCCUUUUCUUGUUGUACACGUUUCAGACGGUAAUCUGCUCCUCAGAUAAAUGAGUUGUCUAUCAACAGUGUAUACUGUUCGCAAUAAAAAAGUGACUGAGUCGUCACCAUGCUACCCA